AACAAUAUUGACUAUUGUCUUGUGAAAUUAAGAGAAAGUGUUGUAGAAAGAAAAAUAUGGAAGAUAUCCCCAUGACCAGCAGAAUGUUUGUUGCUUAGGCAUUUUUAGGGGAGAUGGUGCUGUGGGAAACCUAGGGGAGACUAUGCAUAGCUUUUUGGAGGCACAGGGAAAUUCUCUAGUGCUGGAAUAUUAUCAGAUUAUGGUGAGAAGUUUGGGGUUGGAGAUACAAUCAUGUGCUGUGUUGAUCUUGAAAGUAAACCGUUGGCUUUUGUAGGACUCUCCCAAAACUGAAAAUGGUUGGGAUUUGCAAAGGGCUUUGAUGCUGGCCCAGCGAGUCUUCAACAGGUGGAUUCUCCGGUGAAAGAGCUUCAAUGUGAGUCAGCUCUAUUUCCUCGUGUUCUAUCGUGGUUUAGUUGCAGUUCAGUGCUGAAGAUGGCCUCCUUCCUACUUAAUGAAGAAGGCUGCAAGUCCUGGUUCAGAUGAACUUUAUGAUCAGGUAGGCACUUGGAAAGCAUAAAUGACGCGUAUCCCCUUUAUACACUGUUUGAGCAUAAUGUGGCUGAUAGGUUUGACUAUUUUAUAAGGUCAUUUUUGCUGAACUCGGUUGAAGGGAUCAGUCAGAGAUACAUUUGGAGAAAAUGAAGCGUCCUUUAAAGACUGAAUCUCUGCCUUGUUCUCGGCAGCCUUUGAUGGAGUUAUAUGCUAGCCCGCCUCUGGAAAAUCAAGGAGCUUUACCCGGUUAUUGUAUUAUCUUUUUCAAUCCAUUUAUUCUCAUGCCAUAUAUAUAAGGUCCUGAUGGUUCUUCCAUUUGAUUUAGUUGGUAGCAGAUCCAGGAAAAUUUCUCAUCCACCUCCUCUGCCAUUGAAUUAUAGCAACCAAAAUGCCAACCCGCCACCUCCUCCACCAUUGAAUUAUGGCUACCAAAGCACCAACCCACCUCCUCUGCCAUUGAAUUUUGGCUACCAAAGUACCAACUAUCUUCCUCAAUCAUUAAAUGAUGGAUCUGUUUCUACUUUGCCUCUGUAAGGAGGCUUUAGUACUGCUAACUUCUCAAGGGACGAAGAUUGUUUUGUCCAUUCAUUGAUUGACUGCUACCAGAGUAUAUACAUUGAUAAGUAGUGGCUAAUGUGUUAACAACAGACACAAUAUAUCAGGGAUUUGGAUCUUCUUAGGGGGCAUAUCAAAGCUAUCAAGCUCCUACACCUAGAGCUUCUGUUCCUCGGAGCACUAAUGAAAGUUCUGUACCAAGAAAUAACAUUGGUUCCUCAGGGAGCUAUGGUGUCAUUUCAGGUGGUAGAGCUGACUCUUUCCAGAACUAUGGAUUUGUUGAUCCAUAUGGCAGAGCAAACUCUGAUGGUGAGAAUACUGCCGUUGGUGGUGCUGCUACUUCCGACCCCUACUGGAGCAAUAUGGAAGAACCCUCCCAUAAGGGAGCCAAAAGGACUUCUUCAUUUACAUACAGUAAUAUUGGAUGUCACCCUACCAGCCUGCAGGCUCCAAGUUUAUCGACAUAUUUUCCCAGUCCUUCUCUUCAUACGGUUUUCUUCAUGGAUCUCCUCGCUUUCCAUUAUCUGCAAUAUCUCCGACUCCGUCACCAAGGCCCCCAUAUGCAUUGCUGCCGGCAUGCAGCAUUAUGUAAGAUAUAACCCUAGCUCCUCCUCCGAGAUAUUACUGAUCACUGUAUAGGCUUGCCGUCAUUUCUCAAGACUUAGGAGAUCACACUUCCACACUUAAGACUAGAAAUCGAGAAGGCCACGUUCCGGUCCAUGUUAAA